GCACGUUCCCGGGCAGCCACCACUUAGUCGAACCGUUUAGUCAAAUUUAGUUACUCCAAAGCGACCAAGGAAUCAAAGAAAAUGUACUACAAUCAAGGCUACCAAAUGGACGUGAUCGAUCCGUACUACCCACCGCCAGUGGAGGUCAUCGAAGUGAUGCAGCCCCCGCCGCCAGUGGAGGUGAUUAUGCCCUCGCCCAUGUACACACAGCCCGUGGUGGUGGUGGAGCAGCCCCCCUACGGCCCGACCGCCACUGGACCCUCGCAGGGGGAAAUGGAAUGCUGCCUGAUGUUGGGCGCCUGCUGCGUCAUGGAGGAGUGCGGCAUGUGCGUCAUCUCGUAGACCCGAAAAUAUGGAUUAAUGACCCUGUAAACUAAAUAAUAAAUCUAGACUGAAACCGAA